AUGAGUAGUGUGAUUCAGAAGAGAGUUUUUGUCGGAAAUAUUUUCCAUGACGCGGACCAGUGUUAUUCAGAAUUGCUAGAUCGGUUUGGCAAAUUUGGUGAUUGCCAAGAAGCUCAGUUUGAAAAACAUGAUCAUUUUGCAUUCAUUGAUGUGAAAUUCAAUGACGAAGCAGCAUUCAACAAAUUGAAAAAAAGUUUCAACAAUGUUAAGUUCAAAGGAAACGUUUUGAAGGUUGAUGAAGCGAAGCCAAGUUGGGAAACUACCUGGGCCCUACAACAUACGAAGGACCUCGAGGAAGAUAUAGUGCAAAGUAUCAAGAUGAAAAAGAAGGAUUGGGAACAUUAUAAGAAAAUGGAGAACGUGGCGAAAAGUUGGAAAGACCAUAAGGAGGUUAUUGCCGGUAGAAUGAGGAAGGCACCAAGAAAAAAAGGCCAGCUGAGAAACAUCACGUUCAGGAUAAAUGUCGAUGGAUCUUUAAAAGUUUAUAAAUGUUACAAGACCAAAUUAUGGGGAUAUGAGAGGAAUAAAGAGUUGAACGAUUUAGUGUACAAAUUUACGAAUAAUUUCUGGAAGAACGGGUAUGACCAUAUCGUAGAUAGACUGGAUUAUAGUCAUGCCGCCAAAACUAUCCGGUUCAAGAGUGGGUCGAAGCAGUUAACCAUAUCACAAAAUGAAACUAGUGGGAAGGAAAAUGCGGACAGCGAUGAGAAUAUGUCAGAAGAAGAGAAGGAGAAAAAUAAUGUUAUUCUAAGCGGCCUAUUAAAGGACUUUGACUUCGAUAAGCCAGUGCCGUUAUAUGACUCCGACGUUGAACCCAUCUCGCAAGUUGGAGGAGAGGAAGAAAAUGCCCCAGAGGAAGAAAAUGCCCUAGAGGAAGAAAACGCCCCAGAGGAGGAGGAGGAGGAUGUUGAACUAGCAGACGUUCCAGAGGUGGACGUGUCGGAACGAGAGAAUGGCAUACUGCAAGAAGCCUCUGAGAAGAAAAAAGAGCUCGACGAGGGUCAGGAAGAGGAUCAUGAGUUUAUUCCGACUUUCACCGGGGAACCUGGUCAAGGCACAAUAAGCAACACCGAGACAUUGAGAAGUUUAUUUAAUCCCAGCGAGGUGGAAACUGUGUCACAAUUCAAAUUGAUUGAAGAUUCGGAUAAUGACAUUGAUCGUACGAAAGGCAUUGAUGUCGGUCAGCAGGAGGAAGAAGCAAGCAGACCAAACCGCUUAGACGUCGUGUUCCCUGUAACACAAGCGACGAAAGAUAAGGAUACGAAAAAUUUCUUAUUUUUUCCUCAUUUGCAAUCGCCAUUCUUGAUAGGGCAAACACAAGUGAGUAAAGUAAGGGCUAGUGGAAAAGAAACGAUACUAUCGAAUUGGGAUGAAGAGUUUUGGGCCAAUAGAGGUAGUUGGACCCGUGACAUGAGACGCAAAAUGAAAGAUGCAUUGAAGCAUCGUAAGAGGAAACAAUCGAAAAAUGGAGUUCUUUUAUAG